AUGGACGACGCGGCGGCGGCGGCCCUGGCGGCGGCGAAGGGGCGGUGGACGCAGUGGGAGGAGGAGGUGGUGUCCAACGACCGCGGCCGGCGCCUCGUGCACUACUACCUCCGCGGCGAGGGGGACGCGAGGGAGCUGGCGGUGGUGGGGCGGGAGCGGAGCCCGCGGCACAUGUCGUACGCCGUGCAGGGGCGGUUCCUGCGCGCGCUCGCGGCAGCCGCGGGGGCGGUCGCGGUGGCGCCGUCGCCGUCGCGGUCGGCCCCGGCGGCUGGGUCGGGCUCGGCGGCGGGGGCGGACGGCGGCGCGCCGAGGAGGUGGCGGUCCAGGCGGGAGGUCGUGGACUGGCUGUCCUCCCUCGUUUCCGGUUGCAAUUAUGGUUAUUCAAUGUCUAAUAGAUGGAAUGGAAAUUCAUAUGAUGACAAUGACAUUAACUGCACUCAAGUUACUGCUACGAAGGAUGUUUCUUCUAGGGAAAUUUCGAAAGAUUUCACAUGGUUGGGUUCUGCAUGGCAUUGCCAACAACGUUUGAAGCACUACAAAUCUUUCUGCCGUAGGGGAAUCACCAUCUCGGUGCAUAGUUUUGUAUACAUCAUGAGUGAAGAGAUGAAGAGGCUUAUUGCUUAUGUGGAAGAUCUCUAUGAGGAUACAAAUUCAUACAACAUGGUCAAGGUGCGAUGGUUCGACAAAGUUGAUGAGGUUGGUGCUCCGUUGCCCAUGGAUGUAGAUGACAGAGAGAUUUUCCUUUCUCUUGGUCGUCAAGAUCUCAAUGUAGAAUGCAUUGAUGGAUUGGCUGCAGUCCUGAGCGGUCAGCACUAUGAGAAGUUCAAGAAUUGUACCAGAUACAGCUUGUGGCAACCUUAUUUUUGCUGCCGGCAGAUUGAUGAUGAUGAAAUCAAGCCUUUUGACAUCACACAACUUCAAGGGUACUGGAGCCAGGAAGUACUUAGGACCAUGUUCAAUACAACGUCCUCUCUGAAGGUGCGUUUCAAGGUCCCCAAAUUUGGGCCCAGCCCAGAUGGAGGGCUGAAGAGGAAGCGCGAUGCAUUCAGUGAUGAUGUGAAUCCACAGAAGUUCCUUUGUUCUGGUGCUUCUAUAUCUAGUUUUUUGGGUGACAAACACUUGUAUCCUGGUUGCCAUGUGGAAGUUCUAUCUCAAGAUAGUGGUAUAAGGGGAUGUUGGUUUAGAUGCUUGAUCCUGAAGAGGCAUAAUGAUAAAAUCAAGGUGCGCUACCUAGAAGUUGAGGAUGCGGACGAGACUGGAAAUUUGGAGGAGUGGGUUAUGCUAACAAGAGUUGCUAAACCUGAUCACCUUGGUAUACGUUUCCUUGGAAGGCCAAUGGUUCGCCCACAACAUGUGGAAGAAAGCAAGGGCUCUUGCUUUGAUGCUGGAACCAUUGUAGAUGCGUGGUGGCAUGGUGGUUGGUGGGAGGGAAUUGUGUUGCGGCAGGGAGAUAAUGGGCGUCUGCAAGUUUAUUUUCCAGGAGAAAAGCGAGUAGCUGAAUUUGUCCAAGAUGAGCUGAGGCAUUCCCUUGAGUGGGUUGGUAACAAAUGGAAUCCUUUGAAGGGAAGAAAAGACAUGGCAAGCAAACUGACCUCCGCUGCAGACUCUGAAAGUGAAGAUUUGAUUCAGAAACAAAUUCCACUAGAUUUCAAUACAUCUCCAAAACCAGAAACACAGCAGGAGGCCCUUCGAUUUGAUGAGAGGCGUGAUGAAAAAUCUUCCAUCAGCAAGAUCUCACGUGAUAAUAAACGUGUCUUCGCUGACCUUACAAAUGUUUUGAAGCAUGAUAACUUGAGGUGGAGGCCAAGGAAGCGCAGUAGAAGAUCUGGCUCAAGAAGGCAGUUAGACACUAGCAGCGGAAGCAGCAGUGGAGACAUGGACUCAUCCAGCCCUAGUGGAAGUUCUGGUCAUCUUAAUUCAGUGCCUGACGAGGAGACAUGCAAGAGCAGCGGAGAGCAGCGUUUUAUGGGUGUGCCUGUGCAGGUUCCCAAUCUUGUGAUGUCCAGAUGAAAUCCAACUCACACCGUUUGAAGGCUAACAUGUUAUGCUUCUUCAUUUCUGGAGUUACCCCAGCCUCGGCGAGAUGUGGUUUUGUGCAUCCCCAGGUUACCUUGCCACCCGGAUCCAGAUUUCGGGAGUUUUGAGGGCUCAUCUGUUCUGAUCACAGUUAGAUGUGAAGAUGUCACCAAAGGACCAGUAUACAGCUUGUAUGUAUGACUGACCUAGAUAAGUUUUUCCUGUUUUCUUUUACUUUCUAGGGGUGAUAGGAACUUUGUUAGCGUCAUGUUUAGUAGGCGAAGAAUGGCUGAGUUUUGAUUCCAGUUUUAGAGCUUUCAGUUUUUGACAACCAUAGCCUUUGCUGUUAAAUUUGUCCAUCUAGUCUUGUAGCUGUGGUGCUUCUCACAUAAUGUUAUCGUUCUGAAUCCUGUACUGUAAUGAAAGAAAUAUCACAAAAAAUGGUUCGGUUGUUCGGUUUUCC